AUGAGCGCGGCGAUACUCACCCAGAACAGCGGCCUACUGCGGGAAAUCCCAGAGAAACAGAGGAGUGCCAGGGUGGUUCGCAGGGUGAAGGGUAGAACAGGAGAGAGGAGCACUGUCGUAAUGGAGUGCUACCGUUGCUUGGGUUUUGGUCACCGAGCCACUGAGUGCCAGGGGAGGUCUCCAACCUGCGGCUACUGCUCGACGACACCCGAACCUGUACCCGAAGCAACGCAACACCCAAGUGCGCAAACUGUGGGGAGGGGUCCAGCCACCCGGCAUACUCCAGUGAAUGCCCGAUCUGGAGGAAGUGGGACGGAGUGGCCCGCAACGCAGUCAGCUAUUGCUGAGGGCUCCCAGGGACACGAAGUGAGGGAACCCUAUGUGGGCGCUACAAGGAAGCUCGAGGUGCUGGAUGCCCGGGUGUUUCAGGGUGGCGCAGGGACCCAACCACCCAAAGCCGCGGUGGUGGUGCUGGAUGACCGACUCCGCGUAUCCCAGGAGCCAGACUGCGCGGCCUAUAACAUGGUGGGAGUCAGGAUCUCCAUGGGGGAACUAUGCGUGGGCGUUGUAAGUGUGUACCUGGAGGGGGACUCCGACCUAGACGAAGACCUGUCCAAAUUGAGGGCGAUCGGUGCCACGCUGCACACCGACCACUGCCUAAUCGCCGGCGACGUGAAUGCCAGGAGUCCCUGGUGGGGCUGCAAGGAUGAGGACAGCAGAGGAGCGUCGCUGGCGGAGUUUGCAGCGCAAGAGUCACUCCAGGUGAUCAACGAAGGGACCACGCCAACGUUCUCGGCGUUCCGACAGGGUCGCGAGCACAUAAGCAUCAUUGACGUCACCAUGGCGUCGGUUCGGCUUGCGCCAAGGAUCACUGGCUGGAGGGUGGACUCGAAUCUGUCGGAUCUAUCGGACCACCGCCCAAUCUCCUUUGGUGUAUCGACCGACGGUGAGCCCACUGCACUGAAAUUCCGCAUUGCGCGUGUCACUGAGUAG